AUGCUGGCUCCAAAACAAAAUGGCGUCUACCUCAGCAUAUGCCGGCUAGUCCAACCAGCGGUUUUUAUGAGCUGCACGGGCCGAUUAAUCCAAUCGGCGGCGGUUUACGUUCAGCGGGGGCCGAUUCUUCCAAUCGGUGGCGGUUUAGCGGUGCCAGAAUCCCCGAUUCUAGCCGACAGUGGGUCGAAGAGUGCUGGUCGUUUCAAACUGCUGCUGGUGGUGUUUCUGUUGGCGCAUGCAUCGCUGCUGUUGUUGGCCGACAGCGAACAAAACGAUGAUGGACUGGACCAUCCAUCGUCGAAAGUACUGUCUCGGAAAAAGCGCUACGUAGUUUUUCCCGAGGGUGCUAGCUUUUCAGUGGCCGUCUGCAUGACGAUCGGCAUGUACGGCAACCCGAACUAUCAGAUGUUCAGCUGGGCUCUAAAUUGGGGCAUUGCAUACAAUUUGCCCAACCAAACGCUGAGCUUCGAGCACGAGAUGCAGGAACCGAAGCCCGUUGCCCAGAGACGACAUCGGCGGGAGCUGUACCACCGGAUGGAGGUGGCCAUGAAUGACAUGGGCUACAGUGGGCGUGAUUGCAUUUUGCGAGCACUCUGCGAAAGUUCGCAGUUCUUUGGAUCGAAAGGAAGCAACAUGGUCGCCGAAAUGUUGCGCACUUUGUUCAGCUUUCCCAAGUCUAAAGUGCUAUCGUUCGAACACAACGAUACCCGGCUGUACGACGAGGCUCAUCGGAAGGGCAGGAGCAAGGUUCUCUGCCAGUCGCUGUUUCCCGCGUGUGGCUUCUCCCUCUUGGAGCUGGCACUAGGACGGUACUCCAGUCCGUAUAGUUUUAUGUAA